GCCGCUUGUGAACCCCGUCCACGUGGGACCUUGCGUGACGAGCGCAAGUGCGUCUUUGUUCUCCUGCAACCACCCACUCGCCACGAAGUCUCGUUCAGCGAUGAACUCACCUCCCGAGCCCGCAUCUCCCAUCCACUCCGGGGCCUCGACCGAAGAUGAGAUAGAGGAGAUGGAGAUCAUCACCACCAAGAUGCCCCAAUCCUCAGGCGGACCGUCCUCCCUGGCCUCGUCCUCCAAGCGACGCUUCGCGGGCGGCCACUCAUACGGUGGAAGCUCGAUGCGGGAUGCGAAGACCCGCCGAAGGGAGGACCCCAUGCGGCGCGGGCACCACGAGGGGAAGGAGGGAAAGAAGGACAAGGAGGAUAUGGUGGACAAUGACUUUUUGGACGGAUUGAGGAAGGCACGUCCGCCAGCGCCUAUCGAUCCUCGUAUACUCCCGAGCAACACCCGAGGGGCAACCGGGCCCAUGUUCGACUGGCUGAGGAAGCUGUAUCGGGACAUGUCCUACGUUGUGGCUCGCGGGGCAAACCACACGGAUGCAUUCCAGUCCACCGUCGGUAUUCUCGCAGGUGACUCGGCAUCUCCGGGUCUCUGGAAUAUCUACUUCUCGGACAUCACCAUCCCCUCGCUCCCAGACGUGGUCCGGCUUAACGGGGUCGGGAUAUCUCAUGUUGAACAGGCCGACGACGUCGCCCUCCUCGCUAAAAGCCUCGCCGCUCUGCAGCUCAUUGUCGAUGCGUUCGUCAAGUGGUGCUCUGACAACUUCAUGACUAUUAACGCCGGGAAAACAAAGGCAAUGAUCUUCGGGCCUAUUCCACGGCCGCUCAGCCGCAUUGUCGUUGAUGGGGUGGGCAUCGACUUCGUGGAUGAGUACAAGUACGUCGGCACGAUUUUCUGCUCGACGGAGAGGAACAUAUUCGAACGCAAUUAUCACUCAAAGGAGCUGAAAGCACGCGCGAUGACGGGGGCAAUGUUUGGAGUGGAGGACAUGGUAGGCACGGUGCCCGUGUCUGUAGGCACAAAGCUCUACAUGAUGCGGAUUGACCCCCACCUUGUCUUCGGCUGCGAAGUCGUCCUUGACGUGGAUGACAGGCUCGUGGAUGAACUGCAGCGCGUACAGCAACGCUUCCUGCGCAGGCUCAUCGGCGUCAAUCCUUCCAGCAUCUGCGGUGUGCUCUUCACAGAAACCGGACUCAUGCCACUGCGUGUACGGCGUGUGCUGCUCGCGCUGCGUUACUUGGGCUACCUCCUCGCGCUACCAGACGACCACUUCGCGAAAUUGGCCCUUGACGAGUCCUUUCGGCUCGCACGAGGCGGCUGGCCAUCAUGGGUCUCCGAUCUCAGGCAUGUACUCCGCCGGUACCUCCCUCUCCACCUCCACUCUUACGAUCGUCUGCAUGACGCGAGCGCGCUGGCGGGAAUUCAGACGGAGCUCGUGAAGGCGGCAGAUAACGCUCUCUUGACAGAGCUUCGCGGAAUGUCCCGCCUGGAUCUCUGGAACGCGCGUGUGGGUGGGAAGGUCAGACAGAUGCGUCGAUAUCUCGCCACAACCGUGCCCGCACACCGAAAAGCGCUCACUCGCCUGAUUCUGAGCGACCACAUACUGGCAGUGGAGACCCUCAGACGGCCGGCUCGGUACAGGCGUGCUGUCGCGCGGGAGGACCGCCUUUGUCGGUUAUGCAGGACGCAGGUGGAGGACGAGGUUCACGCGCUCUUGGACUGUCGCGGGCGGGUGGACCUGAUCUGCAUGCGGCAGACACUCUACGAGGAUUUGCACCGUAUGAAUGUCCGGCCACCCGCGUUCGACGGGGAGAACUGGGGGCGGAGCUUGCUGUGCUGGCUGACCGAACAUAAGCGGGAGGACGUACGUGCUGCUUGGGCGCACUACGUCUACCGAGCGCUUGCCGUGUUCGAGGCGGUUCCCAUCUAUGUCAUGGACCAGUACCGGAUACGUAGUACUACACGCUGACAUUGACUUACGCGGCAUGUGUUCCCCUUUCUGCGUGCUG